AUGUUCAAGGAGUUGCAUUGUCACGCAAGCUAUUGGAUGUGUUGGAAAGGAAGUGUAAUUAAGAAGAAAAUCAUUCACGGGACACCGGAGCACGAAUAUGCUUGCUUUCCGGCUUUUUCCUACACGGUGGAGUUGUUGAAUCCAGGGUCUUCCUACUUUAUCAUGGUAAAUCAAAUUAAUGGAUCAUUCGUUUACUGCUUCUUAGCAUUCAGAGCUUACAUACGGGGAUAUGCCCACAUGAGAAAGGUAAUUAUCAUCGAUGGCACACAUUUGUAUGAAAAGUACGGGGGCGUGUUGCUGAGUGCAGUUGCACAGGACACUGAAAAUCACAUCUUUCCAAUUGCCUUUUGUGUCGUCGAUAAAGAGAAUGAUGCUUCUUGGACCUUCUUCUUCCAGAAGUUGAAGUCUAUCAUAGAACAUGAACCAGAUCUACGUGUCAUCUCCGACAGGCACAUCAGUAUUGCCAAUGCCUUCUCCCGUGUUUACAGUCGUGCAUAUCAUGAACUUUGCAUAAGGCACCUCGCUAAAAAUCUACGCGCGUACACUAUUGAUGAGUUUAGCGAGCAUAUUACCGAAUUGAAAAAUAAUAGCCCCAAGGCAGCACAUGUCCUUGAAAAUGUGUUUGGCUUUGAGAAAUGGAGUAGAGCACACUUCCCAGGCAAUAGGUACGAUGUGAUGACCACAAACAUCACCGAGUCGCUGAACUCGGUGUUGACGGAUGAACGGGAGUACCCCGUGUCGUACGUAUUCAAUUCAAUUGGUAGAAAAUUUGGUGAAAAGUUUAGGGAGCGGCAUGCCUUUGUCGCUGGUCAAAAUAAUAAAUUUGUGCCUAAUGCGGAAAGAAUCAUAAGGGAUAACAAGAUUGCAAGCAAUUCCUUGUAUGUGACUAAUGUAAACGAGGGUCUCAACCAAUUCACGGUGUUUGGCAACGAUGUUACUGCCAAGGUCAAUUUGUUGGAGAAGAGUUGUUCUUGUUGA